CCCGCCUCCCGCCCGUUCCUCCGGGACUCCGACCGGGACUCUGCCCGCUGCACAGCCCGGAACAUGCACCGCUGCCUCGGGGAGCUGCUCACCCGCGCGCCCGGCUCCGGCCGGGGCCCGGCCCGGGCAUGGCGCUACUGCGCAGGCGCGGCUGCCUCCCGCCACUGCGCAGGCGCGGCGGCCCGCCGCUACAGCCAGGCCGUGGACCGGGACGACGACCCGGGCUUCUCCCGCAUGGUGGACGGGUUCUUCGACCGCGGGGCCGCCAUCGUGGAGGACCAGCUGCUGGACGCUCUGCGCACGCGCGAGACCGAGGAGCAGAAGCGGAAGCGCGUCAGAGGAAUCCUGCGCGUCAUCAAGCCCUGCAACCACGUGAUCAGCCUGGCCUUCCCCUUCCGGCGGGACGGGGGGGAGUGGGAGGUGGUGGAGGGGUACCGGGCCCAGCACAGCCAGCACCGGACCCCCUGCAAGGGAGGGAUCCGGUUCAGCUCCGAUGUCUCCGUAGACGAGGUGAAAGCUCUGGCCUCCCUGAUGACCUACAAGUGUGCCGUCGUGGAUGUUCCGUUCGGUGGAGCCAAGGCCGGAGUGAAGAUCAACCCCAAGAACUAUUCUGACACGGAGUUGGAGAAAAUCACCCGCAGGUUCACCAUAGAGCUGGCUAAGAAAGGAUUCAUUGGUCCCGGCAUCGAUGUCCCGGCCCCAGACAUGGGCACCGGAGAGAGGGAGAUGUCCUGGAUCGCUGACACCUUCGCCUCCACCAUGGGACACUAUGACAUCAACGCCUACGCCUGCGUCACCGGGAAGCCCAUCAGCCAGGGCGGGAUCCACGGACGCAUCAGCGCCACCGGCCGCGGCGUCUUCCACGGCAUCGAGAACUUCAUCAACGACGCCUCGUACAUGAGCCAGCUGGGGCUCUGUCCCGGGUUCCAGGACAAGACCUUCGUGGUCCAGGGCUUGGGGAACGUCGGCCUCCACUCCAUGCGGUACCUGCACCGGUCCGGGGCCCGAUGUGUCGGAGUGGGAGAAAUGGACGGAAACAUCUGGAACCCCAAAGGGAUCGACCCCAAGGAGCUGGAGGAUUACAAGCUGGCCAACGGCAGCAUCGUGGGUUUCCCCGGCUCGUCUCCGUACGACGGCAGCAUCCUGGAGGCCGACUGUGACAUCCUGAUCCCGGCGGCCAGCGAGAAGCAGCUGACGCGGAGCAACGCCCACCGGGUCAAGGCCAAGAUUGUUGCUGAAGGCGCCAACGGGCCGACAACGCCGGAGGCCGAUCGGAUCUUCCUGGAGAGGAACGUGCUGGUGAUCCCGGACAUGUACCUGAACGCCGGCGGCGUCACCGUCUCCUACUUCGAGUGGCUGAAGAACCUGAACCACGUCAGCUACGGCCGCCUCACCUUCAAGUACGAGCGGGAUUCCAACUACCACCUGCUGAUGUCGGUCCAGGAGAGUCUGGAGAGGAAGUUUGGGAAACACGGCGGCUCCAUCCCCAUCGUCCCCACGGCAGACUUCCAGGACCGGAUCUCCGGAGCGUCAGAGAAAGACAUCGUCCACUCAGGACUGGCUUUUACCAUGGAGCGCUCGGCCCGGCAAAUCAUGCGGACGGCCAACAAGUACCAGCUGGGUCUGGACCUGCGGACGGCGGCCUACGUGAACGCCAUCGAGAAGGUGUUCCGGGUCUACGUGGACUCUGGUCUGAUCUUCACCUAGACCUGGACCUGGACCUGGACCCCCCAGACCUAGACCCCCCCCUUCGUCUUACUGCUCCUCUUCCUCUUCAGGGGAACCAGAACCAAAGAAGGUUCCAGCUUUAAGACUCAGAACUUCUGAGUCCGAACGGAAACGUCUUAAUUUAAUUUUCCUGAACUUUAUUUUCUAAUUUUGAGCUGAAACAAAGAGAAGAAACUGUUUACGCCGCUAAUAAAGUUUGAUCUGUUAGCAGCUCUAAGUUAGCAUCUCUGUUAGCAUCUCUGUUAGCAGCUCUGUUAGCAGCUCUGUUAGCAGCUCUAAGUUAGCAUCUCUGUUAGCAGCUCUGUUAGCAGCUCUGCUAGCAGCUCUAAGUUAGCAGCUCUAAGUUAGCAGCUCUGUUAGCAGCUCUAAGUUAGCAGCUCUAAGUUAGCAGCUCUGUUAGCAGCU